CGGAGGAAGCAGACGCGCAUCACCUCUACAUGUGGCUCAUUUACAGGUGCAAAAAUGUACAAAGUGGAUGUCCAGGCAGAUGCCAAAGAGGCCGCAGCCAUCGAGGCCCGCAGGAACCGGGAGAAGCAGAGACAGAGUCGAAUCUUCAAUGCGCGCCACCUGAGGAUGGGAGUGGAUGUGGCAGACCUGAAGAGCCAGGUGGAAGAGCGUAAACGGAGACAAAAUGCAGAGAAGUGCCGGGAUGAAGCUUUUGAUGCAGAACGGAUCCAGUGCGACAAGAUUGCCCAGAUGCUGGAGAAAGAAGAGCAGCAGCGGAGAAGGCAGCUCAACCAGGCCCUAGUGGAGUUCCGUGAGCAGAACCAGCAGCCCGCCACUCGGCGGGAGUGGGACAUCCACGACCCGGAGGCAGUCCGCAAAGGGCAACCGGCCCGCGUGAGCGAUGACGACCCACGCUGCGGUCCGUCAAGCAUGCAGCACUUUGCUGGCGAGGAUUGGAACGGGCUCGCCAGGCAAAAACUGCUGAAGGAACAGAACAAGCGGGACCUGGAGGAGCAGAAGAUGGAGCGGGAAAAGGCCCGGGCUGACCGCAGAUACGCAGAUACCCUGGAGGACAAGAAAAGGAUUGAGCUAGACCUGCGGGCUCUGGAGCUGGCACGCCUGGAGGACGAAUGCCGCAGGAUCAAAGCCAUGGCAAGAGCGGACUUCAACCGGGCGCAGGCUGCAGAGGCCGCAGAGCAACAGCGCCUCGCCCAGCAGCAGGAGCAAGACGAUAACUAUGCAGAGAUCCACAACCACUUGACGGGUGACAUCCUAACAGAAAAUCCAGAUGUUGCCAAAAGCCUAGUUGGGCCACAUCGUAUGGUCCCCUACUGUUGGAAGGGGAUGAGCCCUGAGCAAGUGGAGGCUGUGUGGAAAAUGCAGAAGGAACAGUGCAAAGAGAACCAGAGGCUGCGGGAAGAGCAGCAGCAGUUGGAUGCAGAAUGGGACCGGCAGCGUCACUUGGCUGCCCGGGCUGCCAUGGAGGAGGAGGAGCAGCAGCAGAAUUUCCGCCUGCAGCUGCAGAAGAGCCUGGGUGCCUACAAUCAGCAGCUGGCAAAGGCACAAAAGGCACACUUACAGUAUCUGGAGAAGGAGGUGUACUCCAACACCCCCACAGCCCAAUACCACCUGCAGUUCAACACCAGCAGCCGUUGAUGGAAGAAAACUCUAAAACGUCUUUGCUUAUUCCAAAACAAGGUGUGUCUUUUUUGUGUAGACAGAGAAUGCCUCCCGGCAGCUGCCACAGGGGGAGGCAGGGACCAGGCCAGAGCUCACAGGGAGGAGCCGAGUUCAAAUGACUUAAUGUGGAGCUUUUGAAGCUUUGCCCUGAUACAGGGAAGGUAGCUUCUCUGAAAAACUGCUUUGUAGAAUGGGCUCACUUAGCGCAUCGGGUUUUUACCUGGUGCCCACCCAUGUGACGGAGGACGGUGGGGAGGGUAUUUUCCUGGCAGGACCUGCUCCUCCCAUCUCACCUGGCCACCAAUCAGCUGAGCCACAACCACUGCCCCCAAAUGACGGUGGCACCCAGUACCUCUCAGACCUCCAAGGGUACCCAACAUCACAGGGCACAACAGAAUUGGGGAUUUGGAAAGGCCUUCUCGCACUCAAGUUUAGCCAGUAAAGCAGAGAAUUAGGGAAGGUGGAAGCCCAAGGGCCAAUCUCACAUGGCCUUUCUAGAGAAGAUUAUAUUCUGGUUUCGGUGAGCCCACCCACUCCCUGGCUUUAGAGCUCUUCUUCAAGGUCUAAUACUUUUUUCAUCCAUACACUACUGAUAGGGCUGACGGCGGGGCCAGUCACCUGGCAAGGGUGCAGGAUUGAUUUCUUGCUCUCUGCUGGGCAGCGGGUUCAUUCUGGCAAAGCUCUCGCCCCAGCUCAAAAUUGCCCAGUCCAAAUUUAGAGCUCCCAAAACUGUUCCUGCAGCAACCCAGUGCAAUUCUGAACUUUCAUCUAAGGCAGCAACAGCAUCUGGGCCGUCUAGUUGCAGAGAGAAUCAGGCGCUUGCUAAGAUUGUGGCCAGUGGGUGGUAGCCAAGGAGAGUUUGUACGACACUCGGGAGCUGAACUGCCCCCUCAGUCCUGCUCUCUGCUGCUCUGGCCUCGUCGUAGCUUCCCCCAACGCCCCCCCCCCGU